CCAUCUCUACUUUUCACCAUGGGCAAUUACAUUCCAAUUGAAUACAUCAUAAACAGCUGUCAACUCAAUCCUAUUAACGAAACGUCAUCACUUAUUUGCUAUUGAGUAAAAAAAUUGUCGUGGUUGCGUGGAAAAACUGUGCAUAUUUAAUAUAAAUUCCCUUAGAAAUGCAUAAUGCUAUUGAAGAAAUAAAUGGCAUAUUGCAGUAGAGGAUUGGCAACGUAAAUACUAGCAGUUUAACAAUAUAUUUGAAGUAGCAGUGAUAGAUAAACAAGUACGUGUGUGUGUUUGCGCCUAUGCUGCGGUUGAAACCGUGGCCGACAAGGAAAAUCUUAUACAAACCAAAAGUAAAAUCUUACAAAAUGACAUUACCUGGCAAUGGAAUCUUUGUGGUGCGCGAGCAAAUGUCCACGCUGAUGACUGCGAUGCGGCGAGGCUCGCGCUGGAACUCGUCAGCUUACGUGGACGAGGAAAAAGAUGGUUUAAUGAAACUGUUUAUUAACCUUAAAGAGAUUUUAAAGAGUGUUGAAGAUUUAAGGUUAAUAGAACCCAACGUUUUUUUGGCGCCCUUCUUGGAGGUGAUACGAACAGAUGAGACAACAGGUGCGGUUACUAGUCUGGCGCUGGAAGCGAUUAAUGAAUUUCUUUCAUCGGGAUUAAUUGACCCCACCUCAACAAACCUCGCCUUAACUGUCGAGAACAUUGUCGAUGCGGUUACACAUGCCCGUUUCAUGGGUACCGAUCAGUCCUCGGACGGCGUUACCCUAUUUUGCGUUGUCGAAGUUCUACACACUCUUAUGCGUUCACCUGAGGGGUCGGUACUAAGCAAUGAAGCGGUUUGCGAAGUAAUGCUGAGCUGCUUUAAGAUAUGUUUUGAACCCCGCCUCAAUGAACUGUUGCGUCGUUAUGCCAAAAAAGCGCUCAAAGAUAUGGUAUGGCUCCUCUUCAUGCGUCUACCACAAUUCUCCGAAGAUCGAAAUGCGGCCAAUGUUUUACGCAAAUUUCAGAUGCUAGCUUCUGCUAUGGAUCAAAACAAAAAUAAACAGCGAAAAAAACCAGUGAAAGCAACUCAUGCCCCACCGCCGAAGACUGGCGUAGAUGCAGCGAAGUCAGAGUUAGAGCGAAAAUUAUCAGCAGCGGGUCCAGUGGAUCCACCGACUCCUCACUUGCAAGUGCUACACCCAAAAGCUCCGCCUUUGGCCACUACGCCAGCAACACCGGCAGGCAAUAUACUCGAUAUGCAGGGAAAAAUUACGCAGACACCUACCACAACACAGGGCGCUGCGGACACUGAGGGUAGUACAGAGCCUACUAUAUGCGCAGAACAGUGUGGCGAGAAUGCAGAUGGCACAUUAGUUGAUGCGCAAGCGCAGCCCCUGACUGCAACAGGGCAGCAAGCUGUCGAAGCCACAGAUAGCGAGGAGCAAGCAUUGCAGGCGAACGGUGGUGGCAGCAGUGAAUAUAUAAAUUCAGUGGGCGUGCGUUUUACGCAGCAAAACUCGUUGGAUGGGUCCGAAGGAGCUGCGUCAUUGCAGCCCUAUGGCCUGCCAUGCAUACAGGAGCUGUUUCGUUUUCUAAUACUCUUGUGUAAUCCAUUAGACAAGCAGAAUACUGAUACCAUGAUACAUAUGGGUUUGAGUUUGCUCACAAUGGCUUUUAAAGUGGGUGCAGAUAACAUUGGCAAAUACGACACGCUACUGGAGUUGGUAAAAGAUGACUUGUGCAGAAAUUUGUUCGCACUAAUGAACUCCGAACGUUUAACAAUUUUUGCAGCAGAUCUACAACUUUGCUUUCUGCUAUUUGAAUCGCUGCGCGGUCAUUUGAAAUUCCAAAUGGAAGCUUACCUAAAGAAGCUAUCGGAGAUCAUCGCCAGCGAUAGCCCCAAAACCCCUUAUGAAAUGCGCGAGCUCGCACUGGACAAUCUUUUACAGUUGUGGCGCAUACCUGGUUUCGUAUCAGAACUCUACAUCAACUACGACUGCGAUUUGUACUGCACCGACCUAUUUGAGGGUCUUGUUAAUCUGCUCUCCAAGUACACACUCUCCGCUACGAAUGCUGUUUAUAGCACACACAUAAUCUCUUUAGACACACUGACUUCAGUUAUCGAAAAUAUUGAGCAAAAUUGUAUUGCGUCGAAGAAUAUAAAUAAUGAGGAUGACGGCAAUUCGGGCGUGGGAAUGACCUCAACUAGCCGCCAUUCGCGUCACAACUCCGAACUUGAGGGUAUCAUAAUCGAUGGCAACAACGAUGAUAAUAAAUCGGUUGUGGAGAAUAUUUCCAAAUUUAUCAAUAGCUCGUCGCGUUUACGCAUAGGUGCUGGUGGCGUUGCCAACGUAGGCCUAACUCGCGAGUACCUAGCAAAUGUGAAGGAGAAGAAGCGUGUGCUGUCACAGGGCACAGAGUUGUUCAAUCAACGGCCCGAUAAGGGCAUACAAUACUUGCAGGAGCAUGGCAUAUUGAGUGCCCAGCUCGAUCCUAUGGAAGUGGCUUUGUUUCUGCGCGAAAAUCCUGGACUUGACAAGAAAAUGAUUGGCGAGUACAUUUCGAAAAAGAAAAAUGUCGAUUCGAAGAUUUUAAUGAAUUUCGUGGACUCCUUCGAUUUUGCUGGCUUGCGAGUGGACCAAGCGCUGCGCUUAUAUUUGGAAACUUUCCGUUUACCGGGUGAAGCACCGCUUAUUUUCCUUGUGCUUGAACAUUUCGCCGAUCACUGGCAUAAACAAAACAACGAGCCUUUUGCCAAUACCGAUGCAGCUUUCAGUUUAGCUUAUGCCAUAAUAAUGUUGAAUAUGGAUCAGCACAAUUCAAAUGCGAAGCGUCUAAAUGUGCCUAUGACACAAGAGGACUUCCUGAAGAACUUGCGUGGCCUGAACGGCGGAGUGGACUUUGAUCAGGAAAUGCUUUCGAACGUUUUUAAUGCGAUAAAAAAUGAAGAAAUUGUUAUGCCAGCCGAGCAGACGGGUCUGGUACGCGAGAAUUACUUGUGGAAGGUGCUGUUGCGACGUGGCGUUGGGCCAGACGGUGUCUUCAAAUAUGUGCAGGACUCUGCCUAUGAUUUGGAGGUGUUCAACCUGCUAUGGGGUGCUUCAUUAAGUGCGCUAAGCUUUAUGUUUGACAAGAGCUCAGAGCAAAGCCACCAGCGUAUAUUGUGUGGCUUCACCAAGUGCGCUGCCAUUGCGGCCCACUACAAUUUGCACGCUAAUUUCGAUGCGCUCAUCCUGACACUUUGCAAAUUCACUACACUUUCGAAUCUAUCUCAGCCGGAGGCUCCCACUGUGUCCAACAACGAAAUCACACAAUCAGUUAAUUUCGGUUUUAAUGCAAAGGCACAGGCCGCAAUGCGCACUGUCUUCGCGCUGGUGCAUGAUUAUGGUGAUUGCCUGCGUGAAGGUUGGAAGCACAUACUGGAAUUAUUCUUACAAUUAUUCCGCUUAAAAUUGCUGCCAAAAUCUUUGAUUGAGGUGGAGGAUUUCUGUGAGGAGAGUGGUAAAACACAGUUGAAGUUAGUAAAACCCAGCCAGAAGCAAGAGGCAGGCCUAUUCUCUAGUCUCUAUUCUUAUCUUUCAUCGGAGGGCCAACGCGAGCCCACCUACGAGGAACAGGAGUUCAUAAAGAUGGGCAAGAAGUGUAUAAAAGAAUGUCAAUUGGAUCAGAUGAUACAAGAAUCGAGGUUUGUGCAGUUGGAUUCACUGCAAGAGCUGCUCAAAAAUAUCUUGGCGUUGGUCAAGCCUCCUACUUCGCAUAAAUUCGAAGAGGGUGCACAGUAUAGCGAAGACGUUGUUGUUUUCUGGAUGGAGUUGUUAGUUAAAAUAGUUAUACAAAAUCGCGACCGCAUGGUGCAUUUGUGGCCGGAUGUGCGCGACCGCAUCUAUCUGCUUUUGAUUGGCGCUACGACCUACGAUUAUGAAUACCUGCUCAAUCGCAGCAUUGUAGCUGUGCUGAAGUUGGCCAUCUAUUUGAUGCGCAACGAGGAGCUGUGUCCCAUUGUGCUGCAAUCGCUUAAAAUGCUGCUCACACUGAAAGCGCCAGUUAUAUUGCGCAUUUCCCGUCAGAUUUCCACUGGUGUUUACGAGUUGCUUAAAACUUCAGCACAGAAUAUACACUCGGAGCAGGAUUGGCAGAUAAUAUUCACUAUAUUGGAAUGCGUUGGAGCCGGUGCGGUGCCACCAGAAAUUGUUGACACCUUUUUGCCACAGUUGCCGCUUGAGUUGAUUGGUGUCGCGCAUUCGGAUGGCACAAUGAGCAGCGAAGAAGAUUCAGGUUUACCUGAUCGUGGCUAUAACUCGGACACGGAGGCCAGUGUAAAAUCACAGCUGCAGUCACAGCAACAUAAACAACAAGAGCAAACUAAUAUGCAUAUGAGCAGCCCAUAUCCGUCGAGUCCAACUGCGGAAAACUGGAUUUUGGUAAACAAGGAUAGCGAUUUGUCAACGCAGUCGCGCCCCCAAUCUCCACCGAUCGCUGGAUCUUUGCCCGCUCCCGUAUCAAUGCUAUCAUUAUCGCCACUGUUCUACAACUGCAAACUAGGCGAACACUCGCCCAUUGCGCUUUUCAAAUGUUGGGACUCGCUUGCGUUUAUCGUGCGCAAUGUUGCUCACAUCACGCCCUACAAUUUCGAGUCGUGCGUGCGCUGCAUACGCACUUUUGUUGAGUGUUGUCGCGAUGGUGGUAUCGCACAGCGCCGCCGUUUCGAAGCUGAGCUAACCGCGGCGGUGAUCCANUCAAAUACAGCUGCCGCCAAUGCCGCUGCGCAACGCCGUAAGGCAGUGGGGAAACGUGGCGAACGUGAUGCGCUCCGUAAAGCAAAUACCGGGGGCGAUCACUAUGUGCAGGAUCAGCGCGGCGGCGGUGAUCCGAAGGAGGAGGACUUGCGUCAGCGCUAUGAAACGCUCUCCAUACAGUUGAUUGACCUUAUGUAUACGUUAUAUACGCGCACGGCGCAGAUCUUUCGUUGGUGGGCGGAGGAAGAGUGCGCGGUGCCACAAUGUUCGGCGCUGUGGGCGCAAGGUUGGUGCCCACUGCUUCAGGGUAUCGCACGCCUAGCCAUGGAUCGACGACGCGAGGUGCGCACUUAUGCCAUAUCCUGCUUGCAGCAACGCGCUUUGCUGGUGCAUGACUUGCAGACUCUGUCUGGCGCCGAAUGGACGUCGUGUUUCCAGCAGGUAUUAUUCCCGUUGCUCAAUGAAUUGCUGCCUGAGUGCGCAUCUGUGGCGCAUUUGGACAUUGUACUGUUAGAGGAGUCGCGCAUACGCACGGCCACCAUUAUGUCGAAGGUGUUUUUGCAUCACCUCACACCGCUGAUAGAAUUGGGAACGGCCUUUAACGAGCUUUGGGUUGACAUACUGGACUAUAUUGAGAGAUUUAUGAAAGUGGGCUCGGAUCUGCUGUCUGAGCAGAUGCAGGAAAUACUGAAAAACAUGCUGCUGGUGAUGCACUCGGUGCGCGUUUUCCACAAUGAUGACGGCACCCUGCAGCUACCGCGGUGGGAGUUGACAUGGAAGCGUAUUGGCGAAUUUUUGCCGAACAUCAAGGAGGAACUGUUUCAUGAUGAAGAUAAGCGUGGUCAAGUGAUGUCUGUGACCAAUGCCGCCGCAUCACCUCAACCACCACCAAUACCCCCAGCUGAAAGUAUUACCUCACCUAACGACAUUUCUCCAAUUAAAUCAACAGAACUACUGAAAACAUACGCACAGCCGGUGCUGCUGCCACCUACCCCACUGGUUUUACCAGUCGAUAAGCGGUCGGCGAAUGCGCCAAAUGGUAUCACGGAAGUAGCUUAUACGCAGCGACCCAACUCUGCUGAGCUGUUGACAAGCGCGCAGCGUCACACUCUGGAAGCAACAUCCCCGCGUCACUCUCUAGCAGCUUCACCCAUCACCACCAAUCCGUUAUUGCUGUUGGGCGAUACACCAAUGUUAGUACGCCCUGUGCCCAGCAUUGUGGCAAAACCCAUAUCUGAGUCGGCGGCUGAAAGCGCGUCCGUGGGGCCCCCACUUGAAACAUCUCCAGUUUCUUUACCUGCUCCAUCAGCAUCAGCUACCAUCAGCUCACCAGCCAGUUUACCUGAUUUAGUUAAUGACACUCCUCUAUUAUCCGACAUCCAAGCAACUGUUAGUCAGACGCAGGACCUGUCGCCAACUCACUUAUCGUUGAAUCAACAAUCGGUUAUUGAGAACAAUAGUUUGCAAAAUAAUAUUUACAGCAGUUGUUCAUUCUCUAUUGAGUUACCGGAAACGCCGCCGGCAGCAGCUAGCGCAAAUGUUGAACCAUCACAACAGCAAAAUCAUGAACCACAACUGCAGCUGCACCACCAAUAUGCAGACUACGCUGUUGCUUCGACAGCCACGCCACAACAGCAGCACCAGCAGCAGCUGUUACUCCAGCAGCAACAACAGCACUCUUUAUACAAUCAACAUUCGCUUGGCGGCCAUAAAUCCGCCUCAGCACUCGUAGCUGAUGAAGCAGAGCUAACGCCACAACAACAACACGUUCAACAGCAGCAGCACCAACAACAACAGCCUGCUGACGCAAAGGCGGUCGAUAAUGUGCCAAUGAACACUCAACAUACUUUCUUCGCAAGUGGUCAGUACCUUGCGAUGCAACAACAGAAUCCUGCCAUUAUACAAAACUUUUCUGCGCCACCUACACUGCAGUACUCAGCACUGCAACAACAAAGUGGCGAGACCGAUAUCUAUCAGGAAUACAUUACUAAUCCUUAUAAUUUGGCGACGGCCACUGGACGUGCAGAGGUAAUGAAUCAACCAGCGAUGACAAAUGUUUUUGCCUCACCAGCGAGUUAUUUCAAUGCUAGCGUUGACCCUAGUUCAAUACCGCCUGGCUCGGAGAUGCUCUAUGGCCAGCCAUAGGGAGAGGAAAAGAAGCAAAUUUUCGGUCGAGGUUGUAGUUAAUUACACAUAACGAAUUACAUAUAUUAACCUAUAUCUAAGUAUACCUAAAUAUACACAGAAAUAGUGUGCAAAAUGUGCGUUAAUUGUCGCCAAAUGUGUAUGGGUGUAAAAUAGAAUUUGCUCCAAGCAACGUUAAAUACAU